AUGCUGGAGCCUCUGUGAGGACGUCAUCAGUGUGUGGCUGGUGGUUUGUGGAGACUGUCACAGCCUCUCUGCUCUGCAAACACAGGAGCCGUGUGUUUUCAGCCUCUCUGGGUGAAAACACACGAGAAGAUCUCUGGGUUCCUCCGCCAAGAACGCAGAGGGAACGUCUCCGGUCUCGAUCCUUGGGGUUUAUUCCGCCCUGGAGCGUCGGGAUGCCUGGCUCACCUCACUCUCUGCUCCUCUGGAAGUUGCUCUUCAGCUCUGAGGAUGGCACCACGCUCUGGCACUAAUUGCUGGGUUGAUGGAGGGUUGACGCCGGUGCCUGAUCGUGUGGAAGUGCAGCGAUGCACUGAGGGAGGACGGGAACACGUCUGCUCAAAGGUCAAAGCCCGGCAGGAAUCAGAAGCUGCAGGAUGCAGACCGGCGCGCAGGAGCAGGCGCUGGCGCUCACUGCGGCGCAGCCGACCAAUGGGAGGGAGGAAGAGGUGAACUCAGAUGCAGCGAUGGAGGAGGAGUUCAUCUGGGAGGAGUACAUGGAGGAGACGGGAGCCGACGCCGCUCCUCACACCACCUUCAGACACGUGGAGACCAGCCUGGAGAGCAGCUUCCAGCCAGGCAUGAAGCUGGAGGUGGCCAACAAGAGCAACCCAGAAACGUACUGGGUGGCCACCAUCAUCACCACCUGCGGCCAGCUGCUCCUGCUGCGCUACAGCGGCUACGGCGACGACCGCAAGGCCGACUUCUGGUGUGACGUCAUGACGGCCGAGCUGCACCCCGUGGGCUGGUGCGCGCAGAAUGACAAGACCCUGAUGCCUCCAGAAGAUAACGUUUACCUGAGAACAGCCAUCAAGGAGAAAUACAGCGACUGGACAGAGUUCCUCAUCCAGGACCUGACCGGGUCCAGGACGGCGCCAGCCAACCUGCUGGAAGGGCCGCUGCGGGGGAAGAACACGGUGGAUCUGAUCGUGGACGGCUCCGUCCUGGAGGUCCGGGACGCUUCCGACCCGCUCCUGUACUGGCCCGCGAGAGUCGUCCAGAACAUCGGAGGGAGGCUGCGCCUGCGUCAUGCCGGCCUCACCGAGGAGCACCGGGCCCGGGACGUUUGGCUCUUCUACCUGGACGUCAGACUCCGCCCCCUUGGCUGGGCUCUUGAAAACAGCCUGACGUUAGAACCACCAGCAGAGCUCAAGCCGUUGAGGAGCGACUCUGAUUGGCAGCAGGCUCUGCAGGACGCUCGGGUGGACGGACAGAAGAACCCACUGCCGCUGGAGGUGUUCAAGGACCACAUGGACCUGCCCAAGCACUCGUUCAGGACGGGCAUGAAGCUGGAGAUGGUGUCUGCGUGGGAGCAGCUGCAGAUCUGCCCCGUCUCCGUCACCAAGGUCUACAGCGAGAUCUACUUCCAGGUGACGCUGGACGACCUCUCUGCCGACGCCACACCCCGCUCCGUGGUGUGUCACGCCAACUCGCCGGGCAUCCUGCCCGUCCAGUGGUGUCUGAAGAACGGCGUGGUUCUGGAGAGGCCCCGGGGCUACGAGGGCCAGGACUUUGACUGGGCCCACUACCUGAAGCAGACCGGGACCGAGGCGGCGCCGGACGCCUGCUUUCCUGAUACUUGGCAGACUCGAGGGUUCUCCAAGGACAUGUGGCUGGAGGCGGUGAACCCCCGGCGGCCAGAGGAGGUGUGCGUGGCUCAGAUCGCUCAGGCUCGGGGACGCCUGCUGUGGCUGCGGCUGGAAGGCGUGCCGAAGCCGCUGUCCGAGUGCAUUGUGGACGUGGAGUCCAUGGACAUCUUCCCUGUGGGCUGGUGUGAGGCCAACGCUUACCCUCUGACCCCUCCAGUCAAGCCCGUCCGCCAGAAGCAGAAGAAGAUCGCCGUCGUCCAGCCGGAGAAACAGUUGGCUCCGUCGCAGCCGGCCGUGGCGGCUCCUGUGAAGCACUGCCAGCCCAUCACCAUGGAUCCAGGCUCAGCCAACGGCCGCUACUGCUGCUCCAAGAUUUACGUGAACCAGCGCUGUUUCUCAGGGCCCUACCUCAACAAGGGACGCAUCGCAGAGCUGCCGCAGGCCGUGGGGCCCGGCAAAUGUACGCUGGUCCUGAAGGAGCUGCUGAGCAUGCUGAUCAACGCCGCCUACAAGCCGGGACGAGUCCUGAAGGAGCUGCAGGAGCUGGAGGACCAGAGCUGGGAAUGCCAGGAGGAGACCCUCAAAGCCAAAUACAAAGGGAAAUCGUACCGCUCCACCGUCCGGAUCGUGCGCCUGGCUGAGCAGAUCCCAGAUUUCUGCCGUAAGGUGUGCACGAAGCUGCAGUGCUGCCCCAACCUCUUUGGCCCCGCCCUCGUUACCGACAAGUGCCCCGAGAACUGCUCGGUCCAAACUAAGACCAAAUACACUUGUUACUACGGGAAGAAGAGGAAGCUUCCCAGAGCGGCGGGCGGAGACGAGGCAGCCGGCGCAGAGAUGGCCAAGCCGCCACGCCGCAGGAGGAAGAGGAAGGCCAUCUUUGUGCAGAAGAAACGACGCUCGUCCAACGUGGACUACACUCCUGCAGGCUCUCCUCGGGACAGCGACGAGGCAGAGGACGACGAAGACCUGGCGCUGCAGUCCGGCAGCGAAGGCACCAGCUCGGAGCCCCGUGACGACCACACAGACGCCUCGUCGGCGGAGGUGACGAGCAGCAGCGGCCGCCGCCGUCCUCGCCGAGCCGUCACGCUUCGCAGGGCCUUCAGCGUCGGCUUCCCGGCCGUCCAGGAGACUCCGGGGAGCCGCAGGCGGUCGACCCGCUCGCUGUCCGCCUACAACCAGAACAGCAGCAGGUACCAGCCGCAGAAAGGACCGGACGUUAAGGUCGAGGAGGACAGCGGCGGCCAGCUGGUUCUGGACCGGAACCCGCUGGAGUGGACCGUAGACGAAGUUGUCCAGUUCAUUAACUCCACCGACUGCGCAUCGCUGGCCAAAGUCUUCAGGGAGCAGGACAUCGACGGUCAGGCGCUGCUGCUGCUCACCCUGCCCACCGUCCAGGAGUGCAUGGACCUGAAGCUCGGGCCCGCCAUCAAACUGUGUCACCAGAUUGAGCGCGUUAAGGUUGCCUUUUACAAACAGUUCGCCGACUGAGUCCACCGCCAUCCGGCCCGGAGCAACAAUUAGCUGCCUGCUCGAGUUUUCCCCGACCACAACAAGACUUCUGGGAGCUUUUGUCUUACCUACUCGACUUAAAAGCACAAUAUUUGGAAGGAUUAAUUUCUGUUCUCCCUGCUGAUGGUCCGUGUGCUUCGCUGAUCUGUGAAGAAAUGUUUAAUUUCACUGGUAUUUGGAGCAGAGGGACAUCCCAGAUGAUAUUGUUCCUCUCACCCGAUUGGUUCCCUAAACAUAUAAUCCAAAAAUAUUUAACAAAGCAAGAAGUAAUAUAUUUUGUGAUAUUUAUUGCCAUCCUGAUAUUUAAGGAAGAUUUGGUAGCAGAGAAGAUUUAUCUGGAACAAAAACAGGAACCUUUGACGUACACACCCCUCUCCUUGUUGUUACACGUAUGCAAAAAAAAGACAAACAGUCUAUUUUGUGUCCAUCUAUGCAAUUGUGUUGCAGAUAUUUUUGAUAAAAUAGAUUUAUAUGGAUUUGUAUACAUUUUUUUACCCUUUGAUGAUGAUUUGAUGCCUUUUUAUCAGCUUUUUAUGUAGACAUGCAUAAAAAAACACUUUUUGUGCAGAUUUUCUGUUCAGACAUUUUCAUUAAACCUUUAUUUCUCCAGAGACAGAUUGACACCUAUACGUCUUUCACUGGGGGGACCGGGCUAAGAAUGGACUGAAAGCAGCAAACGGGACUUAAACAGGCUGCAUCUUUGGAGAUUAAAUGUUUAAAAUCAACUUUAAAUAAAUGUUCCACAUCAAUAAUUAUCUCAGGUACGUGCAGCUGGUGAUUAGCUGGAGACUCUGACUGUUUUAAUUAAGGAUGUAUUCAGAGGAAACAAGUGAAUUCUUUUGGAUGUCGGCAUUUAAAACCAGAUUAAAUCGCUGCAGACGGAUCUGCGCUGCGUCCAAGGCAGACUGCAGGAAUCCAGAUGCUGGAUAAUCUACAUAAAGAUUGCAGAUCAAUAAUGCAGACGGGGAACAGGACGGGUUCUAAGACUGGAAGGGGGAACCACCUCCAGCCGUCUGAACACAUCUGAACCCUGCUGCCAAGUCAUCUGCAAACCAAGAGACGGCCAUUUUGGUGUCGGUCUUUGCUUCUUUUUUUUUUUUUAGCAGUUCUUCCAGAACCAUGUGAUCAUAUAUCAAAGUGCAUUGAUUUGUACAAAGAAGUUUUAAAGUUUCUGAAA